AGCGGCAUUAUGCGGCUCUCAACGAGGAAUGCCCUCCUUGGUGUAAUAAGAAAUUCUCGUUAUGUCUCAUACCGACAUGGCCAUGCUUACAUAGCUUGGAGGUGCUACUCUGAUGCCAAAAACAGAACUUACGAUGAUGCUAUCAAUCUCCUCAACACACUUCAAACCCCAUACGCAGAGCUUAAACGACAAUGGGAUGCUGGUAUAAGGCGUGGACAAGAAGACCUUGAUCACACAAAACAAUGCCUUGGACGACUCGGUUACACGGAGAAUGAUCUUACGAAGCUCAACAUAGUUCAUGUUGCUGGAACGAAGGGUAAAGGCACAGUGUGUGGUUACGUCGAAUCGAUUUUGGGCGAAUACCGAAAAUUGGCACUGGACUCUGAGACACGUGAUCUGCAUCAAAUCUCCUUGCACAAGAACAUCGGCCUCUACACUUCUCCUCAUCUCAUCUCCGUCCGAGAACGCAUACGAAUCAACUCGGCUCCCAUAUCAGAAGAACUGUUCACCAAAUAUUUCUUCGAGGUGUGGGACAAGAUAUGUGAGCCAGAUGCCGAUGGAAAACAACCCGUGUCUCCGAAACCAGUCUAUUUCCGAUUCCUCACCCUCAUGAGCUUCCACGUAUUUCUUUCUGAAUCCAUCGAUGUUGCUGUCUACGAGGUAGGAAUGGGAGGUCAAUACGAUGCUACCAAUAUUAUCAAACGACCUUCUGUGACCGGCAUCUCAUCGCUGGGCAUCGAUCACACAUUUCACCUAGGCAACACAAUCGAAAGUAUUGCAUGGCACAAAUCUGGAAUCUUCAAAGGAUCAACUCCUGCGUAUACCGUUCAGCAACCUUGGCCAGCCAUGGCUGUCCUUUCCGAGAGAGCAUAUCAGCGAAGAGCGAGGGGCUUUCACUGUGUUGACGAGAAUCCAUCUUUAAAAGAUGUCAAGAUCAAACCGGACGCUACUUUCCAGAGACAGAAUGCUAGUCUAGCUAUCGCUUUGGCAAGAAAGGUGCUUUUGAAAGUCAAUCGUGAUAAUGUGGAUCUAGAAGAAGAGUUGAAAGCACCUGGGCUUCCGGAAAGAUUUGUCCGAGGCCUGGAGAGCAUCGCGUCGAGAGGUAGAUGUGAAGUUAGGGUUGAUGGCAAUACUGUCUGGUAUCUGGAUGGAGCACAUACAGCAGACAGUAUCAUCGUUGCUUCAAAAUGGUUCUGCGACGAAGUAAAAGACAAACCCGAACCUCGCGUCCUCAUAUUCAACCAACAAGGCCACCGAGAAACGAUAGAGCUUCUCGAACGUCUUUUCGCAGCCACUGAACGCCAACUCAAAUUCGACCACGUGAUCUUCUGUCCUUCAACACCACCUGCUUCCAGCACCAAGAAAGAUCACGUUAACCUCCAAACCGACCUCGAAGCCGUAGCCAGCCUGACAGUGCAGCAGAAAUUCGCCGACAAAUGGCAAGAAUUAAGCGCCGAACGAUGGCCAGGUUCAAAGACAGAAAUCAAAGUCCUGCCUAGCUUAGAGGAAGCAUUUGAUUAUGUCAGGAGUAUAGGCAGUACAGGCACAGAAAGUGAAAGAGUGGAGGGAGAAAAAGUCCGAGUUUUCAUUACGGGGAGUAUCCAUUUGGUUGGGAGAGCACUGAAUGUCCUGGAAGGCGUGGAUGCUUUGUAGACUGCACUGGGAACUAAAUGUAGGCCUAAUUACGUUGAUUUCGAUAUGGGUUAGAAUUUCGGUAUUUGGGGUUGAGUGAGCG